AUGCAGCAAGGAGGUCCUCCUCAUGGGAACCAGGCUAUGGGAGGCGGGUACAUGCCACCCAAUCAGCAGCAGCAGUCUCAACAAGGAAUGGGUCAACCUAUGAAUUACUAUCAACAGCAGCCUUCAGGGCAAUACAAUCAAAUGGGAAUGCAAAUGUGCUAUCAAGGUCCACCGUCUGUGCCAGGGUCAGGAAAUAUCGGGCAGCCCUCAUCUAUGUCUUCUCAGCAUAAUGUUGGUCCCCCUCAUGGCUCAUCUCAACCGCACCAAGGCAUUGGGCAACCACAACCAUCUCAACCACCAGGUCCACAGCAGCAGCCUCAAACAGCUCCUCAACAACCUCCACCUCAGCAUUCUGGAAUGAUGCCUCAACAACCAAUGUAUGGACAACAAAAUCCAAUAGGAGAUUAUGGCGGGCGAUCACAAUAUAUGCAGCAGUCUUAUGGUAAUAUGCCUCCCCAAGCAGCUCCGCAAGUUCCUAUCGGACAACAUCAAGGAUUACCUCAACAGAUUAAUCCCCAAAACAAUGCACCACCGUUGUCCCAACCAGUUCAUCCGCAAAACAUCCCACAACCCCAUCAGCCACAUCAUCCACCUCAGCACCAACCUAUAUCUCAACCUAUUCCAUCAGCUCAACCUCAUCAUCAACCACAACUUUCUGCCCCUCAUGCACAAGGUCCUUCUAUAUAUUCAAGUGGGCUUGGCAACUCUUCUGGUUCCAAACCCUACACAGCUCCAGGCAGUUCUAUUAUUCCACCUGCGCAAGCCGCAAUUCUAGCUGCAAGAAAUAAUCGAAGGAACCUGCACAUGGUGGUUUACAGUCAAGAAGUACUGAACAAUCUCCAGAACUAUUCGGUGGGAUCGUUGUGCAAUAUCGCGAGAGAGCUAAUCCAUGAGCUCAAUCAUAAAACUGUCACCAUCAGUACUUUGCUGAAGACCGUUGAUAAGAAAAGCGUGUACAAUCCAAGUCAGGACAUUGAUCAGGUUGUCGAUUACUGCUUGAUGCUGUUCGAUAAGUUAGCGGAGAUCAGAAUAAGAAUCGAUAAGAAACUUACUGAACGACCUAUGAAAACGGAAGAUUUCUUGAAGUCGUUCGAAGACCCUUCUGAUCCUCCUGAUGUCCGUCCAGAACAGUUGCGAGAAAAGUUGGACAAAUUCCAUGAAAACGCCAAACGCAUAGUUGAUCUUUCCCAUGAUAUGAAACUCCUUGAUUGGAUGGGCACCGUCUCAGAUCCAUCUCAAUUGAAGAAAGUUGAUAAGAUGUCAUGUUCAUCUCAAAAUCAACCAACGAACUGA